GCCAUGGGUUGCGGCGAGCAUGGCGCGAAGGGAACGCAGCUGGCUGCCGUCGAUCAGGCUCCUCUUGUGUGGCCUCACACUUGUGGUGGUAGCCUCGCUCUCCAUUCUGGCCACACGCUUUCUUGAUCUGGAUCACGACCCCCGGCAGCUGCGAUGGACCCAAGAGGAGCAGCGCGCGCCACCACUCACUCCAGCCCAAGAUCUCAGCGACGUGCCCCCGAGCAGCACCAGCGAUAACAUUUGGAGUUCCAAGCUCGCAGACUACUACUACGGUUGCAACAAGCCCAGUAGCAACUAUUCGGGCCCGCCCUACGCCACCAAUGGCUUCUUGCUCAUCCAAGCAAGCGGAGGGCUCAACCAGCAGCGAAUUGGUAUAACGGAUGCUGUUGUUGUGGCGAGAAUUCUAAACGCGACGCUUGUAGUUCCGAGCUUGGACCACACCUCCUUUUGGAAGGACAACAGCAACUUUAGCGACAUAUUUGAUAUCGACUGGUUCAUCGCCACCCUUGCGCAGGACGUGAGGAUCGUCAAGGAGUUGCCAACGCGUCUCAAGAACCCCAUAUCUCUGCGAGUCCCCCGUAAGAGCACCCCUCACUACUACCAGAAAUCGGUGCUCCCUACGCUAGUCAGGAAGAACGCAGUGCGCCUUACCAAGUUCGACUACAGGCUUGCCAACAAUCUCUCCACGGACCUGCAGAAGCUGCGGUGCCGGGUUAACUACGAUGCGCUGCAGUUUACAGGUCCAAUCGAGGGCAUGGGCCGCACGCUGGUGCAGAGGAUGAAAUCUAUGAGCGGCGGCCGGUUUAUUGCUCUACACCUGAGGUACGAGCCUGAUAUGUUGGCGUUUUCAGGGUGCUACUAUGGCGGGGGCGACAGAGAGGUCCGGGAGCUGGCAAGCAUCCGGAAGCGGUGGAAAAACUUACGUGUCCGAAGUCCCGAAAGGGAGCGGAGGAACGGCAAGUGUCCGCUCACACCCAUGGAAGUAGGCCUGAUGCUGCGGGCGCUAGGCUUCAGCAACGAGACGUACCUCUACGUUGCAUCGGGUGACAUCUACGGAGGGGAAUCGACACUGGCCCCCCUGCGGGCCCUGUUCCCCCACUUUUUCACCAAGGAGAGCCUGGCCAGUGACAAGGAGAUGGAACAAUUCUCCAGAUACUCGUCGCGAAUGGCAGCCAUUGACUACAUCGUGUGCAAUCAGAGUGACGUGUUUGUGACCAACAACAACGGCAACAUGGCACGCAUUCUAGCUGGCCACAGGCGCUAUGCCGGCCACAAGAGAACUAUUCGUCCCAAUGCAAAGAAGCUGGGCUCGUUCUUUGGUCUGAGGCAGGAGAUGGGGUGGGAGCAGUUCGCAGCCAAGCUCCGGAGCUUGCAGAAGGGGUUCAUGGGGGAUCCCAUGGAGAGGUCGUCGAGGCGGGACAUAUUUGAGAACCCCCGGGUGUGCAUCUGCGACAAGACGCACGAGGUUGAGGAGAGGGGCGAGUGGAUGGGCGACGAGGAAGACGAGCUGUUUAAUAUCGACGAGGUGCUGCUGGAACACGAACCAGACGAGUAGAGAGAGGCGCGCGCCGGCUUUUAUAUAUACACGCAGCGCAGUAUAUAUACUGGCUAGCCACCGUGUACAUGUAGCUAAACAGCCAACAAACACACCUAGCCUUACCGUGUAA